AUGCAGUUCAGCAAUUCCCUUGCAGGAUCUGACCCCUAUGAUCGACUAAGUACACCAAAGAGCGGAAGGAAUAACCACACUACUAAAUCUCAGCCUCAAGUCGAUGUACAAUCCGGCAAAGGAUCUGGAGAAGGUUUAGCAUAUACUGGAUUUUCGGGCGACAUUCUACCCAAGGCACCAAAGAGGAGACGAACCAGCAAUUCAUUCUAUUCCGUCUGGAGUAACACCAAAGAGUUUGCUGUCUCGCAUUUCACCGUUCCAAAGGCAGCUGCACCGUGGGAACAUGAGCUGUCUGAGAAGCAGAAUGGCCUCCAACCGCCGUCCGAUACUGUACGGUAUUUUGACCACCGGCGUCAACGCCUCCGUCUGUUCGUCAACAGCGCUUUUCAACUUUUCGUUACGAUGUUUCUCGCUGCAGCGAUGGCUGCUACGCUCUACGGCUUCUCAACUCUGGACUAUGGAAUCACCGAUACUCAGAAAAGACUCUUCAACGCGCUGGUGACUGGACUUUCUCUAGUCCUCGGCUUCAACGUAGCAUCGUCGCUCAAAGGCUAUUCGCAGAUGAUGAGAUGGAGAUUCUUGGCCUCCGGUUACCGAACAAUCCAGGACUUCGAACUCGUGUUGCAGUGCGACAGCCAAUCCAAAACCUUUCGCUUGAUUUGGGGUGGUCGAACACGCGGCAGAUUCUGGCCGAAUAAAACGCAGCUGUUGGCGUUCUGGUGGAUCUUUUUCUUUACCGCUGUUCAAGUCAUCAUAGCCAUGCUCGGGUUAACAUAUUCUAUUGAUGUAUCGGAGAAAUACGUUUCUUUGACCAAUGGUACCGUCUCCGCGGUGAAUGUGUCAUUCAUCGGCGAUGCGAACUUUGGUUACAUAGACGCCAGCGAGCUCUCCGACGCUGAUCCGGUGCAAAUCCAAGGUGCAACUGCCAACAGCUUGGGUAUUACUGGUCAGAAUUACGGUAUCGUGACCCAACCUUUUGAUCUUGAUCAAACCUGGGCACAGAGCUACUACACCGACCAAGAGGAAAGCAUGUACUGGUAUCGUUUUGUUGAUCGUGCCGUUGCGAAAUGGGACAACGCUGUGAGCUCUGGACGAACUAUUAAUGCCACCUCAUCUUGUGUGGAGUUAAACAUAACUUACGGAGGUUAUGCAGGAUAUCAGACCGAUAACCUGACCAUAAUGAACUGGCUCGACUGGGUUGCUCAAGACGGCACGCCGAUGUCUUACUGGGUGGACCAGACUGCCAGUGGUUGUACAACUUGGAUGGCCAAUAUGACGGGGGAUUGUGGCCCCCGGUGUUUCCAGGUUUACGCACUACAAUCCGCGGACAAUUUUACGGUCACCAAGCCACGACUCUGGGACUGUCAAUCUCAUGUCAGCAUCGUCGACGGGGUCGAGUACUAUCAAAAUUCAGAUGUCUACCGUAUGCCAGAUUUCCAAGCGCAGCUAUUCGCAGGCGCAAUCGGACUGUCGGGUUUCGUUACCACAUCCACAAAUGACACCGACGAUGUGGACGACCUCCAAAUGGUGCGCUACCCAAUCGAUUCGCCGUGGUCACCAUCGAGCGACUACGAAGCCGAGGACAUGGCUCGAUUACUACGAUCAUUCACAGCUGGCGCGAUUUCCGCUUUCGACGACAUCGGCCCCCGAAUGAACGUGACAGGCAACAGCCCCGGCCCUGCGCAGGUCGUGAACGUGAAAUGGAAAUUCUCCCUCCUAAUCCUUGCCGGCGUGCCUCUGUUCCAAGUCCUCGUACUCCUUCUCGUGAUCGCCUUCGCCAACAAAGCCAUCAUCAAAGACACUAGCCACCUGUCCAUGGCACGGCUGCUGCGCCCGCUCGUCGAAAAACUCGGCGAUGGCGGCUGCCUGCUCACGGGAGACGAGAUCGCCGAGAAACUCGGCAACGUCAAGGUCAUCUACGGCGUUCGCGACCCAGGCGUCGGAAACGUCCCCGCGCCCGGCGUUGGUGACACCGGCGACGUCCGCCACCUUGAUAUCCUGGAGGAGGCCGAGGGCUUUGGUUACCGUCGGGGACGUAUGCCUGUAGGCAUGUACGAUGGAAUGUAUCCGUCGCGGCGGGAUCGAAGCUUCGAGGUGCAGGAGGAUGAUGGUGGUACAGACGGCGAGACCGUCGGCCUGCUGUCGGACGAGGGCCGGGCCUCGAACGUCGAGGCCCAUGAUCGCGAUGGGAUGUGGUGGAAGACACGCCCACAGGCGAGGCAGAGACACAGCCAACGGCGCCUCAGCAUAUGA